CACGAACCACAAAACCAGGCCAUCGCCCCCAACAACAAACGUGCGAAGCUAGUACCAGAAAACAGAAGCAAACGCGCAAGGACAAGUAAGUGGCCAUUUGUUCCUCGUCGCCUCCGCUUUCCCAACCCCCACUGCCCCCCAGCCAAAUCCACCGCCCGAUUCCGCUGCCGCGCCGCCGAUCCCUCCCCCGUCCAUGGCGAUCGGGCCCGGCAGCCGGCUCCCCGACCUCCCAUUCUCCCGAUUCGGAAUUUGAUAAGGUUUAGCGGCCUCUCCGCCUCCCGCAGCUCGAUUGCUGAUUUGGUCGGGGGAAGGGAAUCUUCUGCGGCUGCCGCUUCUGCUGAAUUGCUCUCUGGGCGGGCGGGCGGGGGGAGGGAGGGAUGGGGAUGCUGUUCCUGGAGUACCUCCCGGGGCCCAAGGUGUUCAAGUGCAAGUUCUGCAGGGUUGACUCGGCGUCGCCUGACGACAUCGUGUCCAAGGAGUUCCGUGGCCGCCACGGCCGCGCCUACCUCUUUGAUAGCGUGGUGAAUGUGAGCCUUGGUCCCAAUGAGGAUCGCCAUCUCUUGACUGGAUUGCAUACAGUGAACGAUAUCUACUGUAGCUGCUGCCAACGACUCCUUGGCUGGAAAUAUGCGAAAGCCUACAACGAAGACCAGAAGUACAAAGAAGGAAAGUUCAUACUAGAGAAGAACAUGAUGCUGAAAGAAGGACGUUAGCUGGCGGGAAAUGAUGGUCUGCUGUCAAAGUCUGCAAAAGCAGACACACGCAACUGCGAACUGUAGCUAAAGAUUCGUCUACUAGUUUCCUGAACAUUGAUUACUCUGGUGACGGCCAUCACCACGAAAAUGCAUUUGUGAAAUCUGUUGCCCUGUUACAUUUGCUCGGCUGGCCUCUGAAGUAAUACUCUGUUACCAGUUUUUCUUGAUUCAACCGUGGAGGUUCACAGAUGUCAGGUUUCUGAAGCUGGGUGCUGAUGUAGGCCUAGUGCUCUUUACUUGCCUCGCUUGAGUGUAUCACGUACGCAUCAUUAAACCCGUGAAGAACGAAACCCUUUUCUGCGA